AUGGCAGUUGAUGAUCCUCCUCCACAAGGAGCCUACUCAGCCUACUCUGUCCCAGCGUCUUUAGAGCCCAUUUUUCUCUCCCUUGUGGACGUGGAUGAUCAGGUUAUUUCUGGAGUACGCUGCAGUGAGACAGCCCGGAUGCGGACCCUGCCAUCCUCGUAUGAUAUGGACCCGAAGCUGAAGCGAUGUGACCCAACUCGCUCCCAGGCCAGAAGGAUGAGCAAUCUUUUGCAGGAGGGGAAGCGGAUGAAUCAAAAGGCUGAAAGCGACUGCCGCUGGUGGACACGUGUUCGGCAACCUCUAGUAUGUCCUUUGACAAAUUUUCCAAUCAGGCUUUUGCCUUAUCCACCCUUCAAGCUGCGAUGUGAUCCACAAAAGCCGAGCCCACACACAUUGGUCGAUGGCAAGUUUCUGGCCAUGCAGUUGAUCGUGAAUGGCAAGGCCAGUGGCAUCCGUGAGCUCACUGAAUCGGACAUCCACGCCUUGGAUGGCUACAUGCAGAGGUGCAAGACGCUGGCCAAAGUCUUCCCUUGCCAAAACAAGGAGGACUCAGAAGUGGCCAGUUUGCAGUACAAAUGUAGUGCGGGAAAGAGCCUUUCAGAAAUGGACUCAGAAGUGGCCAGUUUGUAG